AGUUAAACUGCGUUUCGGAGAGAGAGUACAGUGUACUGCUAGCGAAUGAAAACUCAAUGGAUCUUAGAACAUUUAAAUUACUUCAUCCUGUGAAAUACUACAAGGAUUACUUGGACAACAAUAUUCGUCCUGAUGGACGCGAACCAGAAGAUUUACGACCUCUAGCCAUUAGUUUGAACGUAAUAAAAAAUGCAGACGGUUCCGCGGUUGUUAAAAUUGGCAACACAACUGUGAUCUGCGGCAUUAAGGCAGAACUUUCUGCCCCUAAAGCGCUCGAACCAAGUAUGGGAUUUCUUGUUCCAAACAUAGAACUAUCUCCUGUAUCAUCACCAACCCUUCGCCCAGGGCCACCUUGCGAUGAGGCGCAAGUAUGCAGCAGAACACUAGCUGAUGCGAUUAGCAACUCACGUUGUAUUAAUUUGAAAGAUCUCUGUAUCUCGCCUGGCAAUUUAGUAUGGACACUGUAUUGCGACCUGGUCUGCUUAGAUCAUGAUGGUUGCGUUUUCGAUGCGGCACUCAUAGCUCUAAUAUCUGCGCUUCACACAGUGAAGCUACCCAGUGUGCGAUACAAUCACGAUACAGAAGAAAUGGAGACUGAUACAUCUAAGUCUCAUCCCUUGGUCAUAAAUUGUGUUCCCGUGACAACAUCAUUCGUUCAAAUACCCACCCGUAUGAUUGUCGAUCCGACCGCAGAAGAGGAAAAACUGGCGAGCACAAUUUUUACCGUAACGGUGAGCGAUGGAAAAAUCACCUUUUUCAAUCAGUCGGGCGGAGAUUCAAUGGAUUGUGUUAUGUUAAAAAAAUGUAUGGAAAGCGCGGUUAAACGUGAACGAUCUGUAAAAACGAUGAUUCAAAGCAUGCUUGAUCAAGCACAUCGUCAAUAUUAAUUUACAUUGAUACGCUAAAUCAGGUACAUCCGCUAAAUUUUCGACUUUAAAUUCUCAGUUUUUUCUUCUUUUCUUAACAUUAAUACACACUUGGCGUAUAAUUUUUACGCGAAGAAGAAUAUUCGCACAUCUCUUUGUCAGUUUAUACAUGCCGAGCAUUUAAUGUAUUUAAUGUUACUUGAUAGUUUCUUGAUUGAAUUAAAUACAAGUACAACAACGCUUUUAGUAAUUUCUCUUUUCAACAUGUAAAACACGCGUCACAAAUGUUUUCAGUGGGAAACACAUCCACGCAGUACGACUCUUAUUACUAUCCUCUACGUUGUAAAGGCGUACUUGUAGUGCUCAAUAGUAAGUGCAGUUUUAGAUACAAUAUUAGCGUUGUUUAUAACUGCCAACACAAUUUUGUGGCACAGAUGUAGUCUUUUAGCAAAAGAGUAUCAUAAAGCCAUAUUCUGUAUAUUUUGAAACUAAAAUUGUUAUUGUUCUUCAAAAUACUAUCUUAUAUGUCUUCUAUUAAACUAAUUCAACGUAAAA